GCCUCGGCAGCAUUGUCCCCCGCGCGUCUCCAGCUAUUGGCACGUCGUCGGCGAUAGCGAGUCUAGCGCUUCAAUCCCGCCCGAACAGCCAGCCGACUGCACCUCCCUCCAGCGCCACCGACCCAGUCCUCCCGCAUCUUCGUGUCGCAGCGAUACCCACCUGUCACUGCAUAUCAUCGCCCCGCCCCAUCAUGUCGGGCGAGUCAUUAGCAUCCAAGUUCCAGGUUUUGGAGCUGCUCGGAAGCGGCAGCUUCGGAUCAGUCUACAAAGCCUACGAAAAGGAAUCCGGAACGAUCGUGGCGAUAAAACAGAUCGACCUCGAGUCCAGCGAAGAUGAUAUACAUGAGAUCCAGCAGGAGAUACAGGUCCUGGCGACUUGCUCUAGCUCGUUCGUCACCCAGUAUUACGGUAGUUUCGUGAAGGGGUUCAAGCUUUGGAUUGUGAUGGAGUAUCUCGGGGGUGGUUCGUGCCAUGAUCUGUUGAAAGCUGGUCCAUUCGAGGAGGAACAUAUCGCCGUGAUGAUGAGGGAGCUGCUGCUCGGACUGAAUUACCUACACAGCGAAGGCAAGAUCCAUCGGGAUAUCAAAGCUGCCAAUGUUCUCCUUUCGGAUCAGGGCAAAGUCAAGCUUGCGGAUUUCGGUGUCGCCGCACAACUCACCGGCUUGAAGUCGCAGCGGAAUACGUUCGUCGGAACUCCAUACUGGAUGGCGCCGGAAGUGAUAUCACAGCAGACCGGUUACGACUACAAAGCGGAUGUCUGGUCGCUCGGCAUCACCGCCAUCGAGAUGUCAUGCGGUGCCCCGCCACAUGCUGAUGUACAUCCGAUGAAAGUAUUGUUUCAAAUCCCGAGGGACCCGCCGCCGACUCUUCCCGGGAGUGGUUGGAGCAAGGAAUUCAAAGACUUUGUGGCUCGGUGCUUGCACAAAGACCCGUCCAAGCGGGCUACCGCAAAAGAUCUGCUACGACACAAGUUCAUCCGGGGUGCUGGCCCGGUGGAAAUUCUGACUGAGUUGAUAGAGCGGAAGCAGGAAUGGGAAGAGGCACAGGAGAAAAUAGGACACUCUCCGUACCCAAAGAUGUAUGAGGAGUCAAUGAGAACGAUGGACUCGUCCGGUUCAGGAUCCGAUGAGGCGUGGGACUUCGACACCAUCCGCAGCACAAUGGACACUGUUCGAACGAAUCCUUUCGGGCUGGCUGCGAUGGCGAAUCCGGGUACGUAUCGGAGGAAAUCCGCUGUAAAUCCGGGCGCCCUUAGCACAGCACUUCACCAACUCUCCUUAAACGCGCCACCAAAUAGUGAGAACAUAUCGGCCCGUGGCAGAAACGCUGGGGGAACAAUCAGAGGCAGUGGCACCACUCGCAGGCGGACGAUGAAAAUGACUACGGAGGCGGACCAAUUCAUGCUCGACCGGGAGAUGCGAGAGCGGGACCAGGCACUUCCCAUGGGCGCGCCAGAGACAGAUUAUGGCAAGAUGGGAUCGACGGUUAGGCUUUUCAAGAGGGUGCCAGAUGCUUUCGCUGCACCGCCAUCCUACAGUCCCAUCUACGACCACGAGCGACCAGACCUGAACGAGCACAGAGCGCCGGUAAUAAUCCCAUCGACCGAAGCAGGCCUCUUGGGUCGACAAGUGCACUCGGACAUCGUCCAGCCGGCAAUCGAACAGAUUCAACCGCAGACCAUCUCCUCUGCCGAAAGCGAUGCCCUCGCCCGUCUCGACGGCGCCUGGAAAGACCUGGAUGCGAUCAACCCAGAAAUGGGCUUCCUCCUCGUCCGAAACCUCCUCGAGCGCCUCCAGCAUCAACCCCAGAUGCAAUCCCUGCUUACCCCUCCGCCCACCGCCCUCCCUACCCCCCCUCCCUCCCUCCCCACCAAAGUCGGCUUCCAACCCCGCCUAAACCUCUCGGGACAGACCCUCCUCAACCCGGUCCCGCUUGCACCCAUCCCGACCCCGAAAAAGGACAUCACUCGGCGCAAACGUACUUCCAGCAACGCGACCACUAGAACCUCGAGCUCGGGCGGCGGUGGCAGUGGCGGCUACUCGGAUGUUGACGAGGAGCCACACCUCAAGACCCAGGGUGAGAAGUUGGCCGAUGUGCUGUAUUCCCGCUGGCUGCAGGGACUGCAAUCGAGGUGGCAGCAUGAUAGGAGCUUUUCUGGUACUUCGCAUUGAGACUACCUUACAUUACCUUUCUUCACCUUUACCGCACGUUACUGCACAUUACCAACUUUACUUCUAUGUAAUGAGUUUCUCAUACCUUUUUCUUUCUUGCUUCGUGCUUCUUGUUACCUUAGUUUCUUCUUCUACUACAGAGCGGGGC